GACCGGCUCGGUGGCUUCGGGAAGCAGCUCGGCGACGGCGGCCGCUCGCGUUCCUCCGCAUCCCGGCCUCGGCACGGCUCGCAGCCCCUUUGCCACCGGCGUCCGGCAAUGUGUCCCACCGGCCGGGCGUAGCAGCUGCGCGUGCGCGUGCGCGGAACCGCGGGGCCAUGAGCGAACCCGGCGGCGGCCGGGGCUUUGGGUCCUCGGUCCCCCAGCGAGCGCCAUGGAGCCUGGUGGCGGCGACGGCCGCGCUCUGCCUGGUGUCGGCCACGUCCGUGUGGACGGCGGGGGCCUCGCCCAUGAGUAGGGAGGAGAAACAGAAGCUUGGGAAUCAAGUACUGGAAAUGUUUGAUCAUGCUUAUGGUAACUAUAUGGAACAUGCGUACCCAGCUGAUGAACUCAUGCCUUUGACCUGCAGAGGUCGAGUUAGAGGCCAAGAGCCAAGUCGGGGUGAUGUUGAUGAUGCCUUGGGAAAAUUUUCCCUGACACUGAUUGACUCUUUGGACACUCUUGUGGUAUUAAAUAAAACUAAAGAAUUUGAAGAUGCGGUGAGAAAAGUUUUAAGAGAUGUUAAUUUAGAUAAUGAUGUAGUUGUAUCAGUCUUUGAAACAAACAUCAGAGUUCUUGGGGGUCUUUUGGGUGGACACUCAUUGGCCAUCAUGCUGAAAGAAAAAGGGGAGUACAUGCAGUGGUACAAUGAUGAACUUCUCCAAAUGGCAAAGCAAUUGGGUUACAAACUUUUACCAGCUUUCAAUACUACCAGUGGCCUUCCUUAUCCAAGAAUUAAUUUAAAGUUUGGUAUCAGAAAACCAGAAGCUCGGACAGGAACUGAAACAGAUACCUGUACAGCUUGUGCAGGUACCUUGAUCCUUGAGUUUGCUGCUUUAAGUCGAUUCACAGGAGCAACGAUAUUUGAGGAAUAUGCAAGAAAAGCUCUUGAUUUUCUCUGGGAGAAAAGACAGCGAAGUAGUAAUUUAGUGGGCGUGACUAUAAAUAUUCAUACUGGAGAUUGGGUACGGAAAGAUAGUGGAGUUGGAGCAGGGAUUGAUUCAUAUUAUGAAUACCUGUUGAAAGCCUAUGUCUUGCUUGGAGAUGACAGCUUUCUGGAAAGAUUUAAUACACACUACGAUGCCAUAAUGAGGUACAUAAGCCAGCCACCUCUUCUACUUGAUGUGCAUAUCCACAAGCCAAUGCUGAAUGCUCGGACUUGGAUGGAUGCUUUGCUUGCCUUUUUUCCAGGUUUGCAGGUCUUAAAGGGGGAUAUUAGACCUGCUAUUGAAACUCAUGAAAUGUUAUAUCAGGUGAUUAAAAAACACAAUUUUCUACCAGAGGCAUUUACCACAGAUUUCAGGGUGCAUUGGGCUCAACAUCCUUUAAGGCCAGAAUUUGCAGAAAGUACCUACUUCUUGUAUAAAGCUACAGGAGAUCCUUACUACCUUGAAGUAGGGAAAACACUUAUUGAAAAUUUAAAUAAAUAUGCUAGAGUGCCUUGCGGAUUUGCUGCCAUGAAGGAUGUUCGUACUGGAAGUCAUGAGGACAGAAUGGAUUCCUUCUUCUUGGCCGAAAUGUUUAAAUAUCUUUACCUGUUAUUCGCGGAUAAAGAAGACGUUAUUUUUGACAUAGAAGAUUACAUUUUUACAACAGAAGCUCAUCUGUUACCUCUUUGGCUGUCUACUACAAAUCAAAGAAUCUCUAAGAAGAACACAACUUCAGAAUAUACAGAACUGGAUGACAGUAAUUUUGAUUGGACUUGUCCAAACACUCAGAUUCUCUUCCCUAAUGAUCCAUUGUAUGCUCAGAGCAUUCGUGAACCCUUGAAAAAUGUGGUGGACAAGAGCUGUCCUAGAGGCAUCAUCAGAGUCAGAGAGGAGAGUUUCAGGAGUGGAGCUAAACCCCCUCUGAGAGCCAGAGAUUUCAUGGCCACUAACCCUGAGCAUUUAGAAAUCUUGAAGAAGAUGGGGGUGAGUUUGAUUCACCUCAAAGAUGGGAGAGUCCAGUUGGUUCAACAUGCAAUCCAAGCUGCUAGUUCAAUUGACGCGGAAGAUGGGUUGAGGUUUAUGCAGGAGAUGAUUGAAUUGUCAAGUCAACAACAGAAAGAACAGCAGCUACCUCCACGAGCUGUACAAAUUGUUUCUCACCCAUUUUUUGGCCGGGUAGUAUUAACUGCUGGUCCAGCUCAGUUUGGGCUAGAUCUGUCUAAACAUAAAGAGACAAGAGGAUUUGUUGCAAGCAGUAAACCGUACAAUGGUUGUUCAGAGCUUACUAACCCUGAGGCAGUGAUGGGAAAGAUUGCUUUGAUACAAAGAGGACAGUGCAUGUUUGCAGAAAAGGCACGCAACAUCCAGAAUGCUGGAGCCAUUGGUGGCAUUGUUAUUGAUGACAAUGAGGGGAGCAGCAGUGAUACUGCCCCUCUGUUCCAGAUGGCAGGUGAUGGAAGGGACACAGAUGACAUCACAAUCCCCAUGCUGUUCUUAUUCAGUAAAGAAGGAAGUAUCAUAUUGGAUGCCAUCCGGGAAUAUGAGGAGGUAGAGGUGCUCCUUUCCGACAAAGCAAAAGAUCGAGAUCCCGAGAUGGAAAAUGAAGAAGAACAACCAUCCUCUGAAAAUGAUUCUCAGAAUCAGAGUGCUGAACAGAUUGCAUCAGGUUCUCAGGAGGUUGAUUUGGUUGAUCAGGAGCCUCCUGAGGAAAGUUCUCUAAACUCUCACCCAGAAUCUUUGUCUCCAGCAGUUACAGACAAUGCUGCAAGCAUUUCUCCUUCUGAACAGAAUUUUAAUCCCACGGAAAACCAUGAGACUACAAGUCUUGAUGGUGAAUGUACAGAUUUAGAUAACCAACUUCAAGAACAAUCAGAAACUGAGGAGGAUUCCAAUCCUAAUGUUAGCUGGGGUAAAAAGGUCCAACCUAUAGACUCCAUAUUAGCAGACUGGAAUGAAGAUAUAGAAGCAUUUGAAAUGAUGGAGAAGGAUGAGCUCUGACUCACUAAAGUCUACCUGGUGGUAGGUAUUUCAAAAGAAAAGGUAAACUGUGGAUAAUAGAUACCCUGAUACUAAGCAGGCUCUCUCAUGGGAGGCUCUAAGUAUGGUGAUGAACAACCACGUUCUGACUGGGAGAGUUAGUUAUCAUAGGAGUCUGGAACAUGCUGUGUUAGAACUGACCUUGUUUAUAACUGUCCCAUCAAAAAUGCAAACUCACAGUUUCCCCCUCAGGUGACAGCAUUGCACCACCCUGCUGCAUCUCAGGCCAGGAAAAAAUUAUUGGGCGUUUCUAGGAACCAGAUUUCUGCACUCUCUAGACAGUAGAUAAGGAACAAAUUCAGUUAACUAACUGUGAGGUGGGGAAUAAGAAUUUGUACAGCUUUCUAAUUGAAGGAAGCUCUCUUUUUUCUUGGUUUUGGGGUUAGAGGCUCUUUGCGGAAAACACAUAGCAGUAUUUUGGGCAUUCUGGUUAUGCUGCCUUCACAGAAACACUCAAAAGUGACCUAAGUGGUUAUGAAGCAAAUACAUUCAUGGUGAAAACAGUCUUUGCCUAUCAUUUUCACUUGCUUCAUUAUGUAACAUGAUCAAGAUGACUUGAUUUUUUUUCCCCUCUUUAACAGUAUCCUUUUCAUUUACCAAAGGUGAAGCCAGUGUACUUUCUUAGUGAGUUCUCUGCAUAAAGACUAAUCAUUGGGACCAGGUAAAAAGGUCAUAUAUCAUGGAAAUUGGUUACUUAAUACUUUUGAAAAAUGGAGCAAGGGAGAAACUAUAAUGUUGCAAUAUGAACUUGCCAUUGGGCCUUCCUUAAGGAAAGCUGCGACUACUCUGAAAUGGAACUUAAAGUUAUAUCUUUGUAGGGUAAAUUAUAAAUCUUUUCCAGUUCAUUUCAUUGGAGGUGAUUACCUCUAGCCAUCAGCCUUACUCCAUCCCAUGUUUAGAAUGCAUUUUGAGCCACAAGGCCUGUGUUGCCAAUAGCUGAAUAUAUUUUGUUCCAUUUAUCUAUCUUAGGGAGCCAUGAUAAAACUGUGGUAGUGAUCUAAAAAUUCUGGAGUAACUACUAUUUUUCCUCCUUUGAAACUAGUUUCUAAAGCUGCACCUAAGGAGUCUGUCACAUUUUCUGCUGAAUCAUGGUUUUUAAGUUUGCUUUUUUUUUUUUAACAAAUAUUCCUUCUGAUAUGGACUUGAAAAUUAGUCUAUGGUAACCUGUGUAAAAAACACAGUAGCAACUAUCAUAUAGCCAUAUAGCUUAAUGAGAAUUUUUUUUCCUUUGCGUGAGAGAGAGUGUGUGUGUGUGUGUGUGUGUGUGUGUGUGUGUGGCAGUCUGGUGCUGGCCAUAUUUAAGUUUUAAAAACUUUGUUGUUGAUAUCUGUAGACAGCCCUGUAAUUGAAAUCAUGGCUUUACCAUUUUAUUUAUUUUUUUAAACUUACCUGAAUCAGUUCUAAAGGAAUAUUUGAGACUUAAUUUCUUUUUUCUGUACCAUGACAUUAUAUAACAACCCUUUUUCUUAAAACACAGUUUUUGAGGUACUGAUGAACUUAAACUGUAUAUGGAGCUGUUAAAAGAACAGCAGUGCUGUAUUGUAGUUAUGUAUAUUCAUGUACAGUAUGUCUUAGAUCCCGGGUAAACAUGUUAUUUUAUAAGGGGAUAAAUAGCUGCUUUCAAAAAUUCCAGCUAAACUUAAUUGGGUCAGUGAGUAAUAAAUCUAAUAGAGAAUUCACUUUGAGGGGGGGAAAAAGAGUAGUAUACAAGACCUUUAUUGGCCCUUAAUUAAACCUGACACCAAAAUGGAUAUUUUUAGUCUCUCUGCAUGUGAAAUUUGGUGUAAGAAGAUAGAACUAUAAUACAUAUAGUAUACAGAAGGAUAGACAUAGUGCUUUGUUCAUCAUCUUAGUUGCAAAGCUGCCAAAAUAGCUGAAGCUUAAUUACUUGACUUGCCUUGAUUUAUAGGACUGGGGCUUGGAGAAAAGGAGAUGUUCCUUUAAGACUUGGAUUACAGAAGCCUUAUAUACAUUGAUUUUUCUUUUUGUAUCUCAGAGCCAUUGUUGUCUAAAAUCUAAAUUUUCUAAGUUACCAAAGCAACAUAAUUUUAUUUCCAGCAGAGAUCUUGUGGCAUACAAGGAAAAGCCAGCUUACUGCCACUUACCCUUUCUUUGGCCAUUAGGGGGAGUUGUUGCCAUUCAUUGUGGUUUAGAAGCAAAUUGCUGGCUUGUUUAGAAAAAUGAAUCCUUAAAAAAAAAGAAAAGGAAAAAAAUUUAACAAAUUAUACUUAAUACCCAGAAGGAAUUAUACGUGAUUUUUCCCUAGCUAGGAAAAGAAGGUAUAGUGUUCAGCUUCAAAACUCCAACAUUGUCAUUGACUCUCCAUUCUUUAUUGACAUACUGCCACAAAGUUGUUUUUUAUUUCAUUAAAAAAUUUCAACAUCAUUAGGCAUUUUAAAAAAUGUUUUGUUUUUAAAUCUUUUAUAGCAUUUUAUUUACUUCCUAAAGAUUCAGGGGAUUCUAUGUAACCCUGAAUUUUAGAAACAUCUGGUCUACCUCAGUUAGAUGUUGACUGCAUAGAGACAGAGCUGACGUGAUCACUACAGCCAUAAAAUUGAUUGACUAAGAAGGAUUUAUACAAUGUUUACAAACCUGGAAUCAAGUAAGGAUUUUAUCUGAAAGUAAGUUAAAAGUUAGAUAUUAGAGAAAGUAUUUAAUUCAGGUAUUUUCAAGUUUUAAAACUUCACUUGUUUACCUACUAAAAAUAGUUAUAGUUUUUUCUGCUUAGGAAGGUCCAUUAAAAUGAUAUACCCUAAUUUGCAGUGCUUUUCCUAUAAAGUUUUAGAUGUGAAAGAAUUGUAAUUUACCAGAUAUGUUUGGGAUGGGAUAUUUUGUUGGAUAGGUUUUCUUUUUCCUUUUUAACUUUUAAUAGGCUUCCAACAAGAAUACAAUUGUUUCAGAACAAUUUUUUUUUAACAUUAUACUUUUCCCUUUUUCUUCACAGUGUUAGAGGGUAAAAUAAAAAAUUGUGCACUCUGUGAUUUUAACUUCUCUAAUAUGCUCUCUUGAGAUUUUUUUUAAUUUAAAUUACCAUCUCGGGGCUUCCCUGGUGGCGCAGUGGUUGAGAGUCUGCCUGCCAAUGAAGGGGACACGGGUUCGUGCCCUGGUCCGGGAAGAUCCCACAUGCCGCAGAGCUUCUAGGCCUGUGAGCCGUGGCCGCUGAGCCUGCACGUCCAGAGCCUGUGCUCCGCAAUGGGAGAAGCCACAACAGUGAGAGGCCCGCGUACCACAAAAAAAUAAUAUAAAUAAAUAAAUAAAUAAAUAACCAUCAUCUCACAGCCCUUAUAAUCGUAAAACCAGCAUUUGUUCCCUCACCAAACCCCAUGCCAAAUUCAUCAUAAAGAAAGCUCAGCGUCAGUAAUUCAAAUAGUGCUUAUAAUUGUAGAGGUGGGGGUGGGGGCAUUUAAUAAAUAUUCCAACCGGUCGUUUUAUGCACAAGGCUUCAGUCAGAACAUAGAAAAAAAAAAAACAUUCUGUGAAUGAAAUAUUGUAUGUUCAGAUUUUAUAAAAGACAUUUUUAAAAGCCCAAUUUACAGCCGUAUAUUUUCUUAUGAUGUAAUUUAUGAAAAAGAUGUCUGUACUAACAGGUGCUGUAACACUACUGUUGGAUUUUAUUGUUUGUUUGUUUGGUGAUAAAUGUAUACAAUAUUUCUAAGGGAAACUAUGUACUGUGAUGUAAAAGUCUGGGCAAAAUGUAUAUAAUCCUUGUAUAUAAUUGUGUAUUUGAUUAUAAUGACUGAUUGUAAAGAU